AUGAACGGCACGCGUCGCUGGGGCAGUGUCCGGCUCCGCUGGUGGGCGUUGUCCACUGAGCCCCGGGAGACAGGUGGAGGCGCGCGUCCUCCAAUCCGCGAAGCUGUAUCCAAGGCCCGGAUGCGGGCGAACAAGUCCUCCCCUGCCAUAGGUGGAGGUGUCCGCUGGGGGCGGGCCCGAGCGGGCCUCCCCCAAUGGGUCGCGGCCCGGGAGGGGCCCGGCCCGCGCCAAGGCCGGCUGUGGGCGGUGGCACGCUGGCCCCGGCCGGGUGCAGUCCGCGCAGGGGUGCCAAAGCCUACGCCCACGAUCCCGGGCCCGCUGGCUGCCCCGCGCUUGGGUGAGCGCGCCGCCCGGUUCGAGAGGGAGCGCAGCGGCGGCGGCGUGGCCGGCCCGGGUCCCGGAGCCCGGCGCAGCGACUUCCUGCAGAAAACAGGCAACAACUCGUUCACCGUGCACCCGCGGGGCCUGCCCCGCAGCGCGGGCGCGCGCCCACUGCCCAACGGGUCCGCGGCUCUCGAGCCCCGGACCAGCCCUGCCAACGGCAUCGCGAGCCCCCCGCCGGGGCCAGUCCCCCCUAGCGUUGCCCAGAGCGCUGGCGAGUGGAAGCCAAAGGGGGAAUCGGGAUCGCCCCUCUUCUACCCACCCCCCAGUCCCGGAACCCCCAGUGCCACUCCAGCCGUGCCUUCGGCCUUCCCUGCGCCCAGCCCUGCCAGUGCCACUCCCAGCCAGCGCCAGUGGGUCUCAGCGGCCACCAGCUCCAAUGACUCCUUCGAGAUACGACCGGCUCCCAAACCAGACUUGGAGAACAUCCCUGCUGGUGAUCUCCAGGCCCGAGCUCUGGCUAGUCUGCGCAUGAGCUCUCGAAACUCCUUCAUGUUCAUGCCCAAGCGAAAGACCUCUGCGACCCGUGAUCUCGGAGGAAGACAGCCCGUGGAACAGCCAAACGGAGGGCUGGGCUGGGCCUUGAAGCCCGGAGAGCCCCAAGGCCAGCUGGUGCCUGGAGCGGAUGGUGUUCCUGCUGGCCGGAGGCCCCCACUGGGGGCUGAGGCUCUGUGGCCAGUGCAGGAGGGGGGCUACUGCAGGCCAGCCACAGCCCUUGUGGACCGGGACCCUAGGUGGCAAAGGCCCUCAUCGCCGCCCCCCUCCCUGCAGGCAGCCACAGAAGCCCAGCCUGCCUCAGGCUUUGGGGCUCCUGGCCUGGCCAGGAAUGGCCGGGAGCCGGGGAGACCAGGACUCCCGGUCACUUUCAUUGAUGAGGUGGACUCAGACGAGGAGAUCAGCCAGGAAGCCAAAUUGCCUCCCCGGUACCGCCCACAUCCCACCAUGCCCCAGCCCCAUGGUGGCAACACCUUCAUGGUAGUGCCCAAGAGGAAGCCAGGGGCUCUGGGGGAGCAGCACUCUGGCCAGGCCAGUGCAGAGGCCCAACGACGAGAGGCUGAGCAGGAGGAGACAGGCAGUGGCGGGGGGCUCCCUGGCCCCCUGGGGACCACACUCAAGAAGCGUUACCCCACAGUGCACGAGAUUGAGGUGGUCGGUGGCUACCUGGCCCUGGAGAAGUCCUGCCUCAGCAAGGCCAGUUCUUCUUCGAGAAAGAAGAUGAGGAUCUCCUUCAACGACCAAAGCCUGCAGACCACUUUUGAGUACCCCUCGGAGAGCUCCCUGAUACAGGAGGCGGCUGAGGAGCCAGAGGAGGGAGAGUCCGAGGGCUCCAGCUCGGAGGGGGCAGCGGACGAGCAGUCCUUCUGCCUGUACCUGCCCCGGGCCACCCUCGUGAACAGCGUGGGCCCCGACAGUCCUCGGCUGCCAGAUGGCAGCUCAGCGCUGUCCAGCUACACGCCGAAGCACUCGGGGGCCUUCAGCAUGUGGCAGGAGCAGACGCUGGAGCUGGCUCCGCGAGAGGCGGAGCCCUUUCCGAAGGAAGUCAUGCUCACCCCUGCCGGCCUGAAGGACCUGUCGGACUUCCGCAGUGAACCUGCCCUCUAUUUCUGA